CACAGCGCUCUCGUUAUGCUAUGCAGCAAGUCACGCCCCUUUCGAGUGAGGGAGUGGCUUACACUAGCCCCGCCCACGAACCCCGUUGGCCUUACCUGGGCGGGGGCGUCACCAUGGGCAGCAAAAUGGCGGCCGCCAGUAGGGUCGUUCAAGUGGUCAAGCCACAUACACCAUUAAUUAAGUUUCCAGACAGAAAAAGUGCUCCCAGGCCUAAAUUGCAGGAGCCUCUACAAUCAAGAGUGCCACCACUUCAUGCAUCGUCCACAGAGAUUUCUGCAGAAGGUCGACCACCAUCCCAUCAACAUAUUUCAUUUAGUGGUAGAACACAAGGCACACCUGACACAUUAGAAUUAGUAAGAACGUUACCUCAAAAAUACCGGAGGAAACUAUUGUCAGCUGAAGAGAUGGAAUACAUCCAAAGAGGAGGUCCAGAAUAACACAGAAGGAUAUUCAGUUAUUUACUGCUGAACAACAAACUUACUGUAAAGGCGUUCCUCACUAUCUGAGUAUUGUAAACUCAUUAUUAUUAAAGGCCUUUCAUGAGACAUUUCAGAAAGUGGCUGUGUCCUAAAUCAGAAGACUAUUUUAACUUGAAUAAGCAACUGACUCCACUUUAUAUAACUACAGUACAACAUUAAAUUUUGUUUUCAUUCUA